AUGGAAGAAUUAUUUAAGGCUGAUCAGAUCCCAGCUAAGGUAUGGAGAUGUUUGAGCGAAGAGGGUGUUGGAUCUUGGAGAGAAUUGUGGAAGGCAAGAGACAGCUUGGUAAGUGAGGAACAGUUUGGUUUCAUGCCCGGAAGAGGAAUAACAGAUACGAUCUUUGCUCUAAAGCAGCUGAUGGAAAGGUACAGAGAGAUGCAGACAGAACAGCACAAGGUAUUCAUAGAUCAGGAGAAAGUGUACGAAAGGGUGCCUACACAUAAGGUAUGUAGAUGUAUGAGGGUAAAGGAAAUACCAGAAAAGUAUGUAAGACUUGUAAAAGAAAUGUAUAAAAGAGCAAUGACUCAAGUAAAGAGUAACGUAGGUGUGACAGAGGGAUUCACUGUGAGAGUUGGACUGCAAAUCGAAUAG